GCAUCUUCACCGACGACCGCACCAGUAACCGUCAGAUCUCUCUUUCAAGGCGUGGCAGUUGAGCAAGCACGACAAUAUUUCAAGAUGAGAGAAAUUGUUCACCUCCAGACCGGCCAGUGCGGCAACCAGAUUGGAACAAAGUUCUGGGAGAUCAUCAGCGAUGAGCAUGGCAUCCAGCCCACCGGGGAGUACUCGGGUACCAGCAAGGAGCUCAUGGACCUGCAGCUCGAGCGCAUCAACGUCUACUACAACGAGGGCAACCAGGGCAAGUAUGUGCCCCGCGCCGUGCUGGUCGACCUGGAACCCGGCACCAUGGACAGCGUCAGGGCGGGUCCUCAUGGCCAGCUCUUUAAACCCGACAGCUUCGUGUUCGGCCAGAGCGGCGCUGGCAACAACUGGGCGAAGGGCCACUACACGGAGGGCGCCGAGCUGGUAGACUCAGUCAUGGACGUCGUUCGUAAAGAGUCUGAGAAAUGCGACUGCCUGCAGGGCUUCCAGUUGACACACUCACUCGGCGGCGGCACCGGGUCUGGCAUGGGAACGUUGCUCGUCUCCAAGAUCAGGGAAGAGUUCCCAGACAGAAUUAUGAACACCUUCUCCGUGGUGCCUUCCCCUAAAGUAUCAGACACCGUCGUUGAGCCCUACAAUGCAACUCUCUCAAUCCAUCAGCUUGUUGAAAACACAGACGAAACUUUCUGUAUUGAUAACGAAGCUCUCUACGAUAUUUGCUUCCGUACCCUUAAACUGCAGAACCCUACGUACGGUGACCUUAAUCAUCUGGUCUCCCUAACCAUGUCUGGUGUGACGACGUGCCUGAGGUUCCCUGGUCAGCUCAACGCUGAUCUCAGGAAGCUUGCCGUAAACAUGGUGCCCUUCCCACGCCUGCACUUCUUCAUGCCAGGCUUCGCUCCCCUCACUGCCCGUGGUUCUCAACAAUAUCGCGCCCUCACCGUGCCUGAGCUCACCCAGCAAAUGUUCGACGCCAAAAACAUGAUGGCUGCGUGCGAUCCUCGUCACGGUCGAUACCUCACUGUCGCUGCCAUCUUCCGUGGCCGUAUGUCUAUGAGAGAGGUCGACGAUCAGAUGUACACCAUCCAAAACAAAAAUUCCUCAUUCUUCGUGGAAUGGAUCCCGAACAACGUGAAGACAGCAGUGUGCGAUAUUCCUCCACGCGGUCUUAAGAUGUCAGCCACAUUUAUCGGCAACUCUACCGCCAUCCAGGAGCUAUUCAAGCGAGUGUCUGAGCAAUUCACAGCUAUGUUCAGGCGCAAGGCUUUCUUGCAUUGGUAUACUGGUGAAGGUAUGGACGAGAUGGAGUUCACCGAGGCCGAGUCUAAUAUGAACGACUUGGUGUCUGAGUAUCAGCAAUACCAGGAGGCGACCGCCGACGAUGAAGGAGAGUUCGAGGAGGAGGGAGAGGUUGAGGGCGAGUAUGCCUAAGCCUUCUAGUUCGACGCUACGGAUUUAUGAUUAUUAUUACAGAUCGAUUACUUUAUGCACAUUCCAAAUUUUUCGUGCGUUUUUAUACUUUUCCUAUCGAAAUCUUAGUGGAAUAAUGUUGAACAUUCCUUUUGCGACUUCUCUAUUCUGUUCCUUUAUUUCGGAUUCGAUGAUUUUUCUAUUAAAAUAUUAGAUCAUU